CUGUCAAAGUCAAGUCAAAAGUCAGCAAACGUCAAACCAUAGUGUGUUUGUCAAAAAUCUUUAAAAACCAUGAAAAUAAAUAAUUAGAAAAGAUAUCUAUUGAAAAUGUAGCUAAACCGAUAAGUGUUUGAAUUCAGUAUUACCAAAUGCCACAAGACUGAUAUAUCUUACCAAAGAUUUUAAGAACCAUGCCCGAAAAUCUGGAACUGCAACAACUAGUCGACGAAGAGAAUGAGGACGACUUCAAAAUCCAAACGUACCAUCCGCGCUGCCGCUGCCCGUAUUUAGGAUUAAUUUUAGCAACUUUGAGCUCUCUUUUCUUCUCCCUGUGCUCUGUAAUUGUGAAAUGGAUGACUGACGUAGACCCCAUGGCUUUGGCAGCUUAUCGGUAUGUUGGGGUACUCCUGCCCGCAAUUCCCAUCGUUAUAUAUCGCCAAGAAAAAGUAUUUCCACCUGGCAAAAGGAUAAUGCUGUUGUUGAGAUCUUUUACUGGUACAGCCUCACUAAUGUUGAGUUUCUAUGCAUUUCGGCAUAUGCCUUUGGCUGACGCAUCUGUAAUAGUUUUUUCUGUGCCUGUAUUCACUGGAAUAUUUGCUAGAAUGUUCCUCAAAGAACCCUGUGGGUUGUUCAAUGUAUUUUCUGUAAUACUUACCCUUAUAGGAGUAAUUUUCAUAACUCGACCAACCGUCAUAUUUGGCAAUAUGGUAAAUUCAUUGGGAGAUAAUGGUCAAAGACCAGAGAUGUGGGGUGCAGUGGCAGCUUUUUCAGCAACUUUAUUUGGUGCUAAUGCUUAUGUGCUUCUACGUGCCCUAAAGGGUAUCCAUUUCUCAGUAAUUAUGGUGAAUUUUGGAGCAUUUGCUCUGUGUCAAUGUCUUCUAGUCACAGUCAUCAUUGGAGCACUGUGUUUGCCUCCAUGUGGGUUAGAUAGGUACCUUAUAGUAGCUUUAGCAUUUUUCAGCUUCUUAGGUCAGAUUUUAUUAACUUUAGCCUUGCAAAUGGAGCAAGCAGGUCCAGUAGCUAUAGCUAGAAGUAGUGAUAUUGUUUUUGCUUUCAUGUGGCAAGUGUUGUUUUUCAAUGAAAUUCCAAAUAAAUAUUCUGUGGGGGGAGCCAUACUAGUCAUGAGUUCUGUACUUUUAACAGGUCUAAGAAAAUGGAUUUUAGCUUUGCCACAAGAUGCAAGUAUUAGGAGCAAUCUUAGUAUAUUAACAAAAUGAAAACAAAUCAUUCAUAUACAUUGCAUACCUGAUACAUAAAUCAGACAGUGAUAUCUUCUCAAAAUGACAUACCAAUAAAAAACAAUUCUGUGUAUUGAGCAUUCUAACAUUGUACCAUAACUUAAUCACUUGUAAGUUAUUUAUUAUAUUCAAAGGUUUUUGGCAACCUUAUUUAUGUUCAUGAGCUAUCAUAUAACAAAAAAAUGCUUUAUUCUAUUUUAAAUAAGGGACACACUAGUCAGCAUUCUAGUCACUAUGUAGGAACAAAUUGUUUAGUCCAAAAUGGUUAUGUUAAUGUUUCACACUACUAUGUUUCUUAUGUCAUUUUUGAUCAAACUAUUGUAUAAUUCGUUGUGAUUUAAUGUUCUAGUCAUUUUUUUUAAACUGCGAAUAGCACAUGUUUGUAGAUAUAAUUUGUUGAAGAAUGUAUUUUUAGCAUACCUACACUUAUGGAAUGUAUUGCAGGAGUUCAGGCAAAAAGGUUCUAAACUAGAAUUCAGUAAUAAGUAAUGAGACCAAUAAAUGUAUAUUCCAUAUUUUUAUGUUCUUGAUUACUGUUGCAUGUACUUAAUCUGUAAAUGCUAAUUUUUUUAUAAGCCCGUGAAUAUGCUUGUUGCUCCAUAUAACUAGUCAGAACUGUGGACUGUUCACUGUUAAAUUACUUUUUGAAAGCAUAAAAUACCUAAAUAAAAAAAUUGAUACUAACA